CAACAUGCAUUCAAUUCAGCUAGAUCAUUUCCAAUUAGUUAAUACUUUAUUGUGAAGCUAGCUAGAAGUCUCUGUGACUCGAAUAUAUAUGUCAACUACUGUAUGCCUCCUUAUGCUUAUAGAUUUCUGUCAUUAUUAACCUACCUAACGCUGCAUUCAUCCAGCUAAUUCCACUAUACAUAGCAUCGAUCAGUACCUUAUUUUGGGUUUCCAUUCAAACAAAGAUCGAGCUAACUAGCUUAUCAAGUAGCUGGUAUAUCGUUCUGUUUAGCUAUAGUAGUUAGCUAUGGCGAUGGAAGAACUACAUGCAGCAGCUCUAGCAUACUACGAAAAUGGAACUCAACAUCUUCGGGAUCUGGCAGGGUCUUUCUUCCGAUCUAUGGACACCAAUGGGGAUGGUAAAAUCAGCUGCCUGGAGUUUAAUGACUUCCUCCAGCAAAGCGGCUACAACUGGAUUAUUAACGACCCAAACUUCUUCAAGAGACUCGACCGCAACGGCGAUGGAGGACUUGAUUUUGGGGAAGUUCUCACUUUCUACUACAUCAUUAAAACGAGGUACAUUCGAUGCCAAGGGUACCACUGCGGCAUACACCUCUGCGGUUUGUAUUUCACUUGCGUUGCUUGCUUUGACGGGACUCAUGAGCAUCAUUCUACCUUUGAUCUUUGUGCUACCUGCUACCGCAAACGGAAUUACCAUCACCACCAGAACCACACCUACUUCUUGGAUAAUCAUGUAUUUCUGCGUUCCAAACGAGGCCUUUCUCCGUAUGUUAAACCAGACCUCAACAAGACAAUGACUCCACCUCCACCUCCAGCAGUCUAUAAUAACAUCAAUUACUACAUUGCUGCUGCACCUGAAAGGCAUAGUUGGUUCCAAGUAUUUCGCGUGUUUGAGAUGUCUCUUGCUGCUGCAAGUGUGGCUGCUAAUUGUACAAUCAUGUAGCUAAGUAUCAUUGCAAAUUAAAAGGGUUUACUGUUGGAGACCAAAUUCGGUGUCUAAUUGAUGCUUACGAUUGCUGGAAAAUAAAACGAUCAAUGGAGAAUUGAUCACAGACAGCCAUUAGAGGAUUCAAUUGCACACGCCAUUAAAUGUAUGAAGGUAGAGGGCUAGAGGUUCAAAGAUCAUACAUUUCCUUUCCGCUUCAAUGACUCCAUGCAUGUAACCAAAGAUAAUAUGG